ACGCCGAUGGGUAACUAAGUAUGGACUGGUUAUUCUAUGCUAAAUGUGUCAUACAAAUAUUAGCAAUUUGUUUGACGCAGUCCGGAAGAUACCAAAAUGGCGGUGCCAACAGCUGACAAGGUUCAAGAAAUUAGAGAAGUUACCAGAAUAGAACGAAUCGGAGCCCACUCACACAUCCGUGGACUCGGCCUUGAUGAUGCACUUGAAGCUCGCAAUGUGUCGCAGGGAAUGGUUGGACAGGUGGAUGCCAGACGGGCUGCGGGAGUCAUACUGGAAAUGAUCAAGGAAGGAAAGAUAGCUGGCCGAGCUUUGUUGAUAGCCGGGCACCCAGGCACAGGAAAAACAGCAAUAGCAAUGGGUAUGGCCCAGGCGCUAGGGUCUGACACACCAUUCACCAGUAUUGCUGGCAGCGAGAUCUUUUCACUUGAGAUGGGCAAAACAGAGGCACUUACACAAGCUUUCAGGAAAUCUAUUGGUGUACGCAUCAAGGAGGAGACGGAAAUCAUAGAAGGAGAAGUGGUGGAGAUACAGAUAGACCGCCCAGCAACUGGCACUGGUGCCAAAGUUGGAAAAUUGACCUUAAAGACAACAGAAAUGGAAACUAUAUAUGACCUCGGUCAAAAAAUGAUAGAAUCCCUCACAAAAGAAAAGGUGCAAGCUGGUGAUAUUAUAACUAUUGACAAAGCCACAGGCAAGAUCACCAAGUUGGGGCGCUCAUUUACCAGGGCAAGGGACUAUGAUGCAAUGGGUGCACAGACAAAAUUUGUCCAGUGUCCCGAGGGGGAGCUCCAGAAGAGGAAGGAGGUUGUGCACACAGUUACCCUGCAUGAGAUAGACGUCAUCAACAGCAGGACUCAGGGGUUCCUGGCACUCUUCUCUGGUGACACUGGAGAGAUCAAGUCUGAGGUGCGUGAACAGAUCAACGGCAAGGUGGCCGAGUGGAGAGAGGAAGGCAAGGCAGAAAUUGUCCCUGGGGUAUUGUUCAUCGAUGAGGUUCACAUGUUGGACAUUGAGAGUUUCUCCUUCCUCAACCGAGCUCUAGAGAGUGACAUGGCUCCCAUCUUGAUCAUGGCCACUAACAGAGGCAUCACUCGAAUUCGAGGCACUAACUACCAGAGUCCUCAUGGUAUCCCCAUAGAUCUGCUAGACAGACUUCUCAUCAUCUCCACAGUACCAUAUGAGGAGAAAGAAAUCAAGCUGAUCCUGAAGAUUAGGUGUGAGGAGGAGGAUGUGGAGAUGACAGACGACGCCAUGACCGUGUUGACCCGUAUCGGCAUGGAGACCUCGCUACGUUACUCCAUCCAGCUGAUCACCACUGCCAAUCUUGUGGCACGCAAACGCAAGGCCACAGAGGUUGAUGUUGAUGAUAUCAAGCGUGUCUACUCUCUGUUCUUGGAUGAAUCUCGCUCCACACAGUUCCUCAAGGAAUACCAACAGGAGUUCAUGUUCAACGAGCUCUCUCAGACAGAUACCGGUACCAUGGAAACCAGUUGAGCUGAUGUUGUGUUUGUGUUCAUAAGAUGUGAAUAUUUUUGAAAACUUGACUGUUUCAUGUUUUGUGUUCUGAACUUGAUAAAAUGCAUAUAAUUUUUCUGCUUUCUCCUUCACCAGAGACAGUAGAAAAAAAGGCGAAUGAAUGUGAAAAAUAUGCUGAACUGUACAUUAGAUUUUACUUGGAUAUUGAAAAUUGCAUUGCGGACCAUUUCAUUGAACUUAUGGUACUUAUAUUUUCCUUUGUAAUAAAUAUUUGGUAUGAAGAAAA